AGAUGUUGCUGUGGCCGAACUUUGGAACAACAUAAGUACUUGAAUGACACGAAACCCCCCUUGCCUGGCGAGCUAUGGUAUCCGAGCAAGUGCACGAUAACGAGCCCGACGGACGCCUAUGGGAUUCUGGAGUUCCAGGGCGGGCCGCACCCCUCCAAAGCGCAGUAUAUUCGAGUGGCCCACGACACGAAGCCCGAACACCUGAUGCAGCUGACCACGCGAGAAUGGAACCUGGAGCUGCCGAAGCUGCUCAUCUCGAUUCAGGGCGGCAAGCCGAACUUCGAGCUGCAGCCGAAGCUGAAGAAGGUGCUGAGGAAGGGGCUGCUGAAGGCCGCGAGGUCCACCGGGGCGUGGAUAUUUACCGGAGGAACGAAUACGGGUGUAACAAAACACGUAGGAGAUGCGCUUUUACUAGAAAGAUCUCAGAGGACUGGUCGGGUGAACACCCUAGGUAUAGCACCUUGGGGCAUAGUCGAAAACAAUCAAGACCUUAUUGGACAACAUACCGAAGUACCAUAUCAUUCCAUAUCAUCACCUCGAUCUAAAAAUGCAGCUUUAAAUAACAGGCACGCGUAUUUCCUUCUCGUAGACAAUGGAACUGUUGGGAAAUACGGUGCGGAAAUUAUUCUUAGGAGGAAACUAGAAAAAUACAUAUCAAAACAGAGGUUAUACCCAUUUACACAGAGUCCUAUCCCCCUGGUGUGUCUGGUAAUUGAAGGUGGUACCAAUACGAUAAGAGCUGUCUUGGAAUACGUCACAGACGAACCACCGGUACCCGUUGUGGUUUGUGAUGGUUCGGGAAGAGCCGCCGAUAUUAUAGCGUUCAUGUGCAAGUAUGAGUGUUCCGUUCUGAAAACCAUGAAAGAGUACAUCAUUGCCACCAUCCAAAGGGCAUUUGAAGUGGCCGCCGAACUAGCCGAAGGACUUUUCGCUGAACUGAUGCAGUGCGUAGAAAAUAAACACCUGAUUACCGUGUUCAGGAUAGCCGACAAGUACGACCAGAAGCCGCAAGAGCUCGACCAGAUCGUGCUUACUGCACUCUUCAAGUCGCAGCACCUCUCGCCCACCGAGCAGCUCAGCCUGGCGCUCACGUGGAACCGGGCCGACAUUGCGCGAUCGGAGAUCUUCGUGUACGGCCAGGAAUGGCCGCCGGGGGCGCUGGAGGACGCCAUGAUCAAAGCCUUGGAGCACGACAGGUGCGAUUUCGUUAAACUGCUGCUGGAGAACGGAGUGAGCAUGCGCAAGUUCUUGACAAUACCUAGAUUAGAAAACCUCUACAACUCCAAGCAGGGACCUAGCAAUACGUUGGGGUAUAUCUUGAGGGACGUUAGACCCCAUCUGCCUCCCGGCUACGUCUACACUCUGCACGAUAUCGGUCUGGUCAUCAAUAAACUGAUGGGCGGGGCCUAUAGGGCUUUAUACACGAGGAGGAAAUUUCGGCCAAUCUAUGCGAAGAUCAUGAACAAAGGCCACAGCAUGGCUCACACUUCCGGUAGGAAUUUGGGAGCGAUGGGGCUGAUCCCCGGAUGCAUUCCUGGGGGUGCGAGCCCUUGCUUGUUCGACUAUCCCUUCAACGAGUUACUCAUCUGGGCAGUGCUUAUGAAAAGGCACAAAAUGGCGUUGCUGAUGUGGCAACACGGCGAAGAGGCUUUAGCUAAGGCCCUAGUGGCCUGCAAACUCUACAAAGCGAUGGCUCACGAGGCAGCCGAAGACGAUAUGGAAACUGAAGUUUAUGAGGAGUUGCGAAGUUAUGGCAAAGAAUUUGAAAAUAUCGGCUUAGAAGUAUUAGACUACUGUUACCGGCAAGACGACGAUCAGACGCAGCAGCUGCUCACCUGCGAGCUGCAGAACUGGUCGGGCCACACCUGUCUCAGUCUGGCGGUGACGGCCAAUCACAGGGCACUGCUGGCGCACCCCUGCUCCCAGAUCAUCCUCGCCGAUCUGUGGAUGGGCGGUUUGCGGACGAGGAAGAACACGAACAUCAAGGUUAUUAUCGGUCUGCUUUUCAUGCCGUACAUCUUCACCCUCGAAUUCAAGUCGAAGGAAGAGCUCCAGCUCAUGCCCCAAACGACCGAGGAGCACAUGGAGUUAGAGAACGAGGACGAUGACAAAUCAGACUCGGAGAAAAAUCAAGACGGCGAAGCUCUUUUGACGGAAAAUUUCAUAACUAAGAACACUAUCGUACACGAAAACGGUAAAAUCAUGUCUGAAUUCGACGAGUCCAAAUUCCAUGCCCAAGUCAGUAAGGGCAAAGAGUUGAGGAUGAAGAAAAAGCUGUACGAAUUUUAUACUGCACCUAUAACAAAGUUCUGGUCAAAUUCGAUAGCGUACAUAGUGUUCCUGGUCCUGUUCAGCUACACGAUCCUAGUCAGAAUGUACCACUUCCCCUCCUGGCAGGAGUUCGUCUCGAUCUCCUUCAUCAUAUCGCUCGGCUGCGAGAAACUGCGCGAACUCUUCUCGUCUGAACCAGUAGGAUUCGCGCAAAAGUUCGCCGUGUGGUCGUGGAACAUGUGGAACCCGUGCGACAUGGCGGCCGUGCUCAUGUUUCUAGUGGGAAUGGGGUUCCGGUUCCAGCAUGAUACCUUCGAGAUGGGCAGGGUCGUUUACUGCGUGAAUUGCAUCUACUGGUACCUGAGGAUCCUGAAUAUCUUAAGUGUGAAUAAAUAUCUGGGUCCUUUGGUAACAAUGAUGGGUAAAAUGGUGAAGAACAUGAUAUAUUUCGUUGUUCUUUUGUUGAUCGUCCUCAUGAGUUUUGGUGUAUCCAGGCAAGCUAUACUAGAUCCUAAUAAAGAGCCAACUUGGAAUAUAGCUCGAGAUGUGUUUCUGGAGCCCUAUUUCAUGUUGUACGGUGAAGUGUACGCCGACAAAAUUAAUCCUUCUUGCGGCGGGGAAGAUGAACCAGACUGCCAAACGGGCCGAUGGAUCGCCCCCAUCAUCAUGUCGAUCUACCUCUUGGUGGCCAACAUCCUCCUCAUCAACCUUCUCAUCGCAGUGUUCAACAAUAUCUUCAACGAAGUCAAUGCCAUCGCCCACCAAGUAUGGAUGUUCCAAAGAUUCACCGUGGUGAUGGAGUACGAACAGAAACCGCUGCUGCCGCCGCCGUUCAUCCUCUUCUGCCACGUCUUCCUGCUGUUCAAGUACUUCCGCAGGAAGAUGGAAGGCGUGGAGGAGAGCUACGACAACGGGCUGAAGCUCUUCCUGGACAAGGACGAGAUGGAACGGCUGUACGACUUCGAAGAGGACUGCGUCGAGGGCUAUUUCGCCGAGCAGGAGGCCAAGCUGCAGCAGUCGACCGAAGAGCGGAUCAAGAUCACCACCGAGAGGAUAGAGCAUUUGACGCAGAAAGUGGAGGACAUCCAUACCAAAGAGAACCUCCAAACCACAGUAUUACAAAACCUGGACGUGCGCAGCCGCCGAUACACGGACCAGAUGCAGGAACUCGUGACGGACUUCGAGGCCCUGCGCCAGAUCGUCCUCCAAAUGAGGCCCUCCUCCGAGAUCCAGCUGCCUCCCACCGUCCACGAGGGUCUCAGAGAGAGAAGCGUGAGCCAACAGAGCGAGAUAUCCGACGACACGAUCAUCGGGCAGAUGCUGGCGCCGAAUGCGACGAGGAAGAAGACGAUCAUCAGGUCUCUUACUGAAGUUAGACCCGAUGCGUAUAUUUUCGAUCACGGACAACACAUCGAGUAUCGGUUUGCGGAUGAUGACGAGGGAGAAGAUAAAGAAGAGUUGGAUAAUAUCUCAGUCAGAGGUAGCAAACAACAGCUGAAUUUCUUGAGGCAAAGAACUAAAAGCACCGAUUCAAAAACCUCUGGGGAGAGUGACAGGGCGUCUGAUGGUGUUCUUGUAGACGAUAUUGCUGGUCUCAGCAUUGAUAUUUUGAAGAGCCGGGCUAUGCAAAAAAGACGCGAUUCAACUGGUAGAAGAGGUUCAGAAAGUGCUCCUGGCGACGAAUCCUCGAUCGCCACGAAGCGCCAGUUCUCGCAAACCCAAUCGGAGCCGGAGACCUGCGAUCCGCCCCCCUCCGCCGCUUGCCCGCCGGCUGCCCUCUCGUCGGAGCGCAGCGUGACCUUCACCGAGCCCAGGAUCAGGGUGGUGCCGCCGGCGGUGUCGGCGGGCGGUCGGGCGGGGCUGCUGAUGCACAUGCACACCGAGUACGCGAGCAUCACCGACGAGCUGGAGUCGGUGUGCGGGCUGUUGAGUCCAGCGAGGUCGUCGGGGCUGCUGUCGCCGCCUAGGCCGGAGCAGUCGCCGCCAAGUUCACGCAAGCGUAACCCGUCCGAGAUGUCCAACCCAGAAAUAGCGAUCAACUUCGAAAAGGAGCACCUGCGCAGCGCCGAAGAGUGCGACUACAUGGUGAUGGAGAAUCUCAUCCAGCGACGCUACAGCGAAGAGGACGAGGAGGAAGAGGGGGAGGAGGGGGCGGAGCAUCUGCGCGGCCACGCCCCUCCGUUGAACCCCGCCCACCUGAGCGUGGUGGCCGAGAAGCGCGAGUUCCGCGUCAACUCGUGGCCGGCCCGCAACGCCCUGCGGCGGUCGUCGGCGGUGGUGGAGGGGGACGCCCCGCCCUCGCCCGCCGUCAUAGGUUCUAGCAGCUCGUCCACCGAGCGACAGGACUCGACGGGAUCGAGCGAUAACGCCCCGUCGGGCGUCGAUCAACCGCCGAUGCCGCAAAGGCCCUCGAUAGUCAUCGACUCGUCCCAGUUGCCCAUCCUGCCCAAGGCCGAGUCCGAGGGCAGCCUUCACAUGCAGUCGGAGACCAUGUGCUAG